AGAAGUUCUGCCUAAUUCUCUGAUGCCGAAAGGGUGGGUGGGUGUGAUACCGAAAGACCUUUCACCCAUCGAUAUAGCAUUAACAUACGACUAUGACCAAAUGAGUACUGCCCUCUCGGUACCCGUAUGAUAUUUACUCCUCCGGUCUCCGGGCUCCGGCUAAGGCUAAGUGUAUCAAAAAUCAUGGGGUAUCAAAAACAUUUAUAGUCUUAGGAAAAACCAAAGAAGUAGAGAAGAUAAAAAUGGCUGGGAAAGAGGAAGUAAGAGAAUCCCAGGAGUUUGUAUACAGGAUCAGUACGGCUAAGGAAUGGGAAGAGUUGCAGAAGAGCGGAUCUACCUUUGGUGGGGAUCUUGAUAAAACUACUGGUUGUAUACACCUCAGCAAGCUCGAUCAGGUGAAGCCAACGUUGAAAAAUUUUUUCACAGGCAUGGAGAACCUGUAUUUGCUCCAAAUAGACACUAAAAAGCUUGGAGAUGGAUUAGUUUAUGAAGCUGCAGAUGGUUCCAAUUUCUUCCCUCAUUUCUAUGGCCCAUCCAGAAGUUUUAGUCCUCUCCCUUUAAAUGCUGUUACAAAAGCAGAGAAAUUGACUUUGUCAGAUGGUCAAUUCAGUUGUGAUUUGUUGAAUUGAGAGGUUUGGGUUAUAAGGUUGCUUAUGUCUGCAGCUGUGAUGAUUCUGUUCUGACUACUGUUCAUCUUUCAGUUAGUAGUUAUGACAAUUAUUUCUCACAUGAACUUUCUGACCUGAAGCAGUCCAAAGUGAGUGUCUAUGCAGGGGAUUGAUUAUCUUGUUCUAGUGCUGCUGAAUCAGAAUAGAGCAUAGCAUGUCAUGUCUGAGUUGCAUGUUUACCUGACAUAAAACUCUCUUAUUGUGGUUGAGACUUGAGAGGGCUAGUCUACAUUGUGUACUGCAAAUGCUUGCAUUUUGAUUGCUCGCCGGAUUUGCUAAAUCCUUGCUAAUUCGAUUUAUGUUUUUCCUCCAUAUUUCCUUGAACAUGUAUGCUAAGGAAGGAGUCUGUCAUCAUCAAUUAAAAGAUCAAAUUAUUGAGUUAUUCUCUUU